AACAAUGUUUGCACCCGAUAUCUUGCAACAGUUGUUUCACUUUUAUAUGUCUGGCCGUCAGUGUUAUCAAGAGCAAGCUGAACGAAUCACGCUAUAUCAUAUAAUAUUGGAAUAUUAAUUACAGAGAUCUAAUCUAUUUGAUUAACAUUAUUAAAGUGGAUAUAUUGGACGAUUAGUGGCGAAUGAGACCUGUUAGAUCUGAUUUGCAAAAUGGGUAAUACAAAAAGUAAGAAAGUUAAAAUCACAUGUGAAACAGUGGAGAGCAGGGAAAAUGUUGAGCGGAUUAAAAAAAUUAAAACUGAAGGUUUAGACACAACAGGCCAAGAUGCAAAUCGAGGAAAUCAAGGAUCAAAAAGUGGGAUUGAUAAUACAAGUUAUGCAAGCAACGCGUCGACUGUGGAAGCUUUGGAUUAAUUUAAUUUAAACGUGGACUAUUGACUUGGUGAUCAUCAAGAAUUCCAGUAUAAAAUAUGAAUUCCUAUUGUUUAAAGUACAUUUAAUUAUAGAAUAUAUCACAGAUAUGAAGUGUAAAAUAAGAAAUAUCGUAGUAAAUAAUAAAGUUUAUUGUUUAUGAGGUUUUAAUUUUAUUUCGAAUGGAAGAUACAGGUUUUCUAAUUCAAUUAAUUCAUAGAUGGUCACGCUACAGUCAGAAAUGUAAAUAUACCCAAAAAAGAACUUUGUGAAAUGAGUUAUAAUUGCUCUUUACUUAGAAAUUAAUUGUGAUAUAAAUUAAACCGUCAAAUGUCCUUAUUAUGAAGUACCUAGGUGAAGGGGUAAGUGCAACACAAUGUUAAAUUGCAACUUGAGUAAAAUUAUACAGCAUGUGACACUCAAUGCUCUACAGCCUCUAAUUACAAAGUAUCUAGUACGCAUAUGAUUGUAAACAUGAGGUCAUUUUGAAUUAUGGCUCAUUAUACUAAUAUCUCAUAAUGUACUAUGAGUUCUAACUUCUCUUGCUACUUGUAAAUGCAUGAUACACGAGAUAAUGUGAUUUUAAACGUGAGGUAAUUACCAAUUAGGGCUACUAAUGUAAUAAUGAGAUGCAUAAUAGAAUUUCAACAGAUUCUCUUUGGUACGAUUAAUCUAUAGGAUAUUAAAAUAGUAGUUAGUAGUAUUAAUAAUAGUAGUAGUUCAUUAAAAUUAACAAAUUCAAUAAUAUUAUAUAGUAACUGCACCUAUGAGUACAAAUCAACUUCAAGUACAGUUGUUUGAGUGCUAAUAAAAGUUCCAAUGGACAACCUAAUAUUUAAAUAUACAUAUGUAAGUAUAGUAAUAUACAUGUCAGGUAGUCUAUAAUGGAAUAGUCAUUUUGGUGUACUAUUUUUUUUUUAUGUAAUUGGAAUGGUAAACAAGCUGACGGACCAUUUGAUGGUAUGUGGUAAGUGUGGCCCAUAUAGAUGAACAGCACUACGACAUAACAUCGUCAUAUGACGCACAUUAUAUCAAACAUGUGAGGCUAUUUCGGAGAACUACAAUUUUAUGCCUUUUAUUCUAUAAUUUUACUGUAUUAUCUCUCCCUUUAACUGAAAUACAGGUCAGAAGUAAACUUCUUGGCAGCUGAAAUAGGCAUACAAAAGUUAUACAGAUAAGUUUUUACAAAGUGUACUCGUAUGGUACACAUUGCAUUGCAUCUCAUAGAAAUUUUCCAGAACAAAGUCAUUGUAUUGCGUACAUAAUUGCAUUCACAAUAAAGCACAGGUGACUGAAAUUAUAUAAUAUGAUUACACAGGUUUGCAUUAUCAUUAGACUUCUAGCCAUAGUGGUCCCGCCCAGCGUUACUAUGGCUACUAUAGACAUAACAAAACUGAGGGCAAUCAUAUUUCUGUUGUUAUAAAUCAGUUGUCGCCGAGAAUAGAGUUGACUCUGCAAGCCAUCUUGUAUUUCUUCUGUAAAUUACGUCUAGUUUCACCUUGGUCGUGCGGUUUCUUUCGACUUUUAAAUGUAAAUAAAUCAGAAUUUCAUUUAAAACUGUUAAUGUCUUUGUGAAAUAUUCAGAUAUUUUAUAAUUCUAAAUUAUUCAUAUUUUUUUAUUUGAGUGGUCAUAGAAUUUUAUUCAAACUGGGUCAAUGUAUGGACAAAACUGUUAUAGAAAAAAUUCAGUCCGCAAAUUUCAGAAAAUAAAUAACUAUUUCAAUAUAUACAGUUCAAAAUGGCAAGUUAUAUGCAUAUUAUUUGCGUGAUUUUUGUGACAAAUAGCAUAGGCAACGCGGCUGCCCGAUCUAAAAGUAACAAAAUGCCCGUUCAAGCUAUCAAGCUGUAUUAUGUCCCACCGUCACCACCAUGCCGAGCUGUGAUGAUGACAGCGAAGGUCCUCGGCUUGGAUUUAGAUUUGGUGCUUACCAAUGUUAUGGAAGGUCAGCAUAUGACACCGGAAUAUAUGAAGAUGAAUCCCCAACACACAGUACCAACUAUGGAUGAUAAUGGAUUCAUACUUUGGGAGAGUCGUGCAAUAAUGGCAUAUUUGGCUAACGCAUACGGCCGGGAUGACUCUCUCUACCCAAAAAAUCCUCGGCUACGGGCUAUUGUCGAUCAGAGACUUAACUUUGAUAUUGGUACACUGUUUUUAAGAUACGCAAACCUUUAUAUACCAAUUCUGUUUCGAGGAGCCGAAAUGGAUCCAGAACAUGUUGAUAAAUUAAAUGAGGCACUUGGAUGGCUAAAUACAAUGUUAGAGGGACAUGCUUAUGUUGCUGGUGAAGACCUUACUAUAGCGGAUAUCUCUAUUAUCGUAACCAUAACAAAUUUAGAAGCAUUUGGGCAUGAUUUGAGUGCAUACGAAAAUGUAGUUAACUGGUUUGCCAGAACAAAGAAGACAUUGGAGCCAUAUGGGUAUAAUGAAAUUGACCGAGCAGGAGGCGAGAUUCUCAGUUCGUUCUUGAAAAAGCAAUAAGAAUUUUGCAGAUGUACUGAACGAUAUGAAGCAACUGGUCCAGGAUAUAAACACAAAUAUGAGCAAAUUAUAUAUAAUUAUAUUUUAAACACAACAAUAUUUUUGUUCUUUGAUCAUUCAUAUACAUACUUAGUAUGGUCUAAUGUAUGAAUUUGUUUUAGUAGCUACAUUGUUGAAACUUAUAUGAAUUAUAAUUCUUUUCCACAAUUCUUUUACACGGUUGU